AUGAUCCACCAGUUAGCUCAAGGGGGAGUAGCUUCCAACAAUGGGCAAAAUGCAGUUAUUGUGGCUGAUGACAGAGAUCGUGCUAUCAGGCAAUAUGCUCUCCCCCUCUUCAAUGAGCUCAAUCCAGGCAUCGUCAGACCAAAAAUUCAGGCAGCACAGUUUGAAUUGAAGCCAGUCAUGUUCCAGAUGCUUCAAACUGUGGGUCAGUUUAGUGGGAUGCCAACAGAGGAUCCUCACCUUCACCUUCGCUUGUUCAUUGAAGUAAGUGACUCUUUCAAGUUGCCCGGAGUGACAAAGGAUGCAUUGAGACUAAAGUUGUUCCCAUACUCCUUGAGAGAUAGAGCCAGAGCUUGGUUGAACUCCUUGCCAUCUGAUUCUGUGAGUACUUGGCAAGAGUUGGCUGAGUGGUUUCUGAUGAAGUAUUUUCCUCCCACUAAAAAUGCCAAGCUUCGCAAUGAGAUUACUUCAUUUCAACAACUUGAUGAAGAAUCCUUAUAUGAGGCAUGGGAGCGGUUUAAGGAGUUGUUACGCAAAUGCCCUCACCAUGGCAUUCCUCAUUGCAUCCAAAUGGAGACCUUCUAUAACAGUCUUAACACUCAUACUAGGAUGGUGGUUGAUGCUUCAGCGAACGGGGUUCUUCUUGCUAAGUCCUAUAAUGAGUUGCCCACUUCUAGAUUGUCUACCGGUAGAAAGGUGGCCGGUAUUCAUGAUGUAGAUGCCAUCACUUCUUUGGCGGCCCAAGUGUCUUCUAUUUCUAAUAUGCUCAAGACAAUGAAUAUGGGGAUGAAUCAAUCAAUGGGGCAGCCUAUGGGCACACAAAUGGGGAAAAUGGAGAGCAUUUCUUGUGUGUAUUAUGGUGAGGGUCAUACUUUUGAUAACUGUCCUUCUAAUCCGGCAGCUGUAUGUUAUAUGGGGAACCAAAAUAGGAAUGGUCCUUAUUCUAAUUCCUACAACCCAUCAUGGAGGCCACACCCCAAUUUUUCAUGGAGUAAUCAAGGAGCUGGCCCUAGUAAUCCUUCGAUGCCUCCAAGACCAAAUUUUCCACCGGGUUACCCCCCUCAAGCACCACAACAAAGACCACAACAACAAACAAUGCAAUCUAGCUCUCUUGAGAACAUGUUGAAGGAAUAUAUAGUGAAGAAUGAAGCCAUGAUUCAGAGCCAAGCGGCUUCAUUGAGGAACUUAGAAAACCAAGUUGGGCAACUAGCUAAUGAGCUUAGAAAUAGACCCCACGGUACACUGCCAAGUGAUAUCGAGAAUCCAAGGAGUAUGGGGAAGGAACAUUGUAAAGUUGUCACUUUGAGGAGUGGAAAAGAGUUGGAGAAGGACAAGAUCAAGUCUGGGCAUGAGGGUGAGCCCUCUUCAAUCCAAAUAAAUGAGGAAUUCCAAAAAGAUGCUGAACUUCCUAGUGCACAAAAAUCAGCCUCUGCCCAGAAUGCUGCAGGGAUGCCGCAGCAUUGUCAACCAGCAAGCUCAAUUUCAAAGAAGUCACCUCCAUUUCCUCAACGUUUUCAGAAGCAAAAGUUGGAUUCUCAAUUCAAGAAGUUUCUAGAUAUGUUGAAGCAGUUGCAUAUCAACAUCCCACUGGUAGAGGCACUUGAGCAAAUUCCUAACUAUGUAAAAUUCAUGAAAGAUAUUCUUACAAGGAAGAGAAGGUUAGGAGAAUUUGAGACAGUGGCUCUUACCAAGGAAUGUAGCUCAUUCUUGCAAAACAAGCUGCCACCGAAGAUGAAAGAUCUUGGGAGUUUCACCAUUCCAUGUACCAUUGAUAGAUCUCUUGCUUAUCCAGAUGGGAAGAUUGAGGAUGUCUUGGUAAAAGUUGAUAAGUUCAUUUUCCCAGUUGAUUUCAUUGUGUUGGAUUAUGAGGCAGACAGGGAGGUACCAAUCAUUCUAGGGAGGCCUUUUCUAGCUACUGGUAGAACUUUGAUUGAUGUGCAAAAGGGUGAACUUACUAUGAGGGUUCAAGAUGAGCAGGCGACUUUCAAUGUUUUCAAGGAUAUGAGAUUUCCAGAUGAGGUCGAAGAGUGUUCUGUGGUUUCAGUGGUAGAUUAUUUGGCUUCAAAGGAAUUAGAAAACAAUUUUGAUGAUCCUCUAGAGAAACUCAUUAUGUUUGAUUCACAUGCAGAGGAUGAGGAUGAAUACUUGCCUUGGCUAGAAGCUAGUUCACAAGGAUUGCAUACAAGAAAGCAUUUUGAAUCUUUGGAGCUCCCUUCAAGGUCUUUCGCAGCCCCUAAACCAUCAAUGGAAAAGCCUCUGGAGUUGGAAUUAAAAGCUUUACCCUCACACUUAAGAUAUGCCUAUUUGGGUAAGUCUUCCACCUUACCUGUGAUUGUUUCGGCUGAGUUAAGUAUGGAGUAA